GGCGGGUGGGGAAGGAUCGCCAGCGAGAUCCCGAGGCGAGGCUCGCGCGCCCGCCCCCGCCCUGGCCCCCAGCUCCCACCCGGUCGGCCCGGCUCAGCCAUGAUCAAGGCGAUACUAAUCUUUAACAACCAUGGGAAGCCGCGGCUCUCCAAGUUCUACCAGCCCUACAGUGAAGAUACACAACAGCAAAUCAUCAGGGAGACAUUCCAUUUGGUAUCUAAGAGAGAUGAAAAUGUUUGUAAUUUCCUAGAAGGAGGAUUAUUAAUUGGAGGAUCUGACAACAAACUGAUUUAUAGACAUUAUGCAACAUUAUAUUUUGUCUUCUGUGUGGAUUCUUCAGAAAGUGAACUUGGCAUUUUAGAUCUAAUUCAAGUAUUUGUGGAAACAUUAGACAAGUGUUUUGAAAACGUCUGUGAACUGGAUUUAAUUUUCCAUGUAGACAAGGUUCACAAUAUUCUUGCAGAAAUGGUGAUGGGGGGAAUGGUAUUGGAGACCAACAUGAAUGAGAUUGUUACACAAAUUGAUGCACAAAAUAAACUGGAGAAAUCUGAGGCUGGCUUAGCGGGAGCUCCAGCCCGUGCUGUAUCAGCUGUAAAGAAUAUGAAUCUUCCUGAGAUCCCAAGAAAUAUUAACAUUGGUGACAUCAGUAUAAAAGUGCCAAACCUGCCCUCUUUUAAAUAAAAAAUUUAAAAGGCCACUCCCAGGUAAAAUCCGGGGGAAAAGUCAUCUAAGUUUACCAUGCAGUUGUUUACCAAAAAUAGAGGAGGAGAGUCUUAACUUUUGCUCUUGGAUUUAAGUCAAGGUACUGUAUAGAAGUUAUGUAAAAUCAGUAUGGAAGUUCAUUGUUGCUUUUCUUGCUCAGUGAUUUUU